AUGGUACACCAGUGGUCUCCCGGGAGGUUGGCGGCUGCGGGCACAUCAGAUGAAGGUACAGGGCUUGAGGAACUUGGUGUAGACGUUGAAGAAGAGCUAGCGGUAGGCAAAGACGAGCUCACUCGUGUUGUGGCCAAAACGGAGGAUGUCUCUGGCAGCGUCGAUGAGGUGCUAGGAGUGGAAGAGGAUCCAGUAACAACCGCAGGGAGGGGGCCCGAGGAGCCAGAAAUCGUAGAUGACGAUGAUGGAGAAGGUAUGAGAGAAGAUGCUCGAGUAGACGUAGAGGCCGUUGUAGGCACUGUAGACAAAGACGGCGGCGUAGAAGAUGAGAUUGAUGAAGAAAGAGAAGGUGUUGUAGUAGCUGCUUCAGAUGGAGGCGCAGAACUGGAACUAGGACUGGAAGUAGAAGUAGAGGUUGGCGAAGUAGACGAAGAUGGUACGGUAGAGCUCGACUCCUCGCUGGCCGUCGAUGAGGCUGCAUUCCCACCCAGCGCUGGUGUAAAAGAGGAACUCGACGUAGUAGGAGCUGUUGAAGAUGGCGAUUCUGUAGAAGAUGCCUCGACAGUAGAGGACGUCAGGAGCCACGUGGGUGUCACUGGAAUGACAGUCAAUCCACCAUCAUCGUCGUCAUCUCCGCUGUCCUUCUGGAGAGCAGCAGGCGCUCCAGAUACCAUAGAGGUAGUCGAUGACACGGCAUUUGUCGCUAGCGGCACACUGGACGAGACGGCUUCCUGGCCUGGGGCAAGCGAGCGUGCAAUCGGACCAGCCGAGCAGGACCAUGCCAAAGCUAAGAGGGCUGUGUAA